CCAACCUCGGCAUUGUCAGGCAGGUGCCAAACUAUUUCUCUGUGUUCUAAUUAAUACAGACUUUAGAAAUGGCGUUUGAGGGUAUCCAGUUUAGCAGAUUAUAAUAGAUAACAAACUGUUUCUGGAGUUUAAAGGUUUUUCGUUAUUUUGGUUUUUUUUUGUCGGGGCCCUGAAGGCGGCAGCCGGCAUCCGCCCGUUGAAGAUCAAGAAGACUGACAAGAAAGUAGAUUCCCCUCGUCAUCUCUGAGAGGUUCGAUGUGAUAAUGAAGGCCGGAAGACGGCAACCAGACCACGCAGCAGAGACCCUGAACCAGCGAGACGAGACGAGGGGGCCUGGAGACGGAAGACAUUACGUGAGAUGCGAUUGAAGCUCACCGCUGGACAGCAGCUAACUGUAAAUACCUACUCCAUAUCAGAGACGUUUAAGGACUCUGUAAAGAGAGACGUUGUAGGUGAGGUCACGGCUGAAAUCUCCAGGAAUGGAGUUCCUACCUGCUUUGUAAACUACCACGGGAGCAGAGCACACACACAGAGGAGUGAUCGGUCGGCGUUGACAACCUGGUGAACCCUGUGCCUCUCAAGCUCCAGAGAGGUGACCCCUGAGACUCUUUCAACAGGACCAUAGACAUCUAGGGGAGCAAGACUUUCAGAGAACCACCAUGGAGGAGAUGUCGGUGAAGUGUGUCCUGGUCGGGGACAGCGCCGUGGGCAAGACAGCGCUGCUGGUCCGCUUCACCUCAGAGACCUUCCCGGACACCUACAAGCCCACGGUGUUCGAGAACACAGGGGUGGAGGUGUACAUGGACGGGGUUCAGAUCAGCCUGGGCCUGUGGGACACGGCGGGCAACGACAACUUCCGUCAAAUCCGCCCGAGGUCCUACCAGCACGCCGACGUGGUCCUCGUCUGCUACUCCGUGGCCAACCUAAACUCCCUGGCGAGCAUCCAGGACAAGUGGAUGGCCGAGGUGCGGGAGAACCUGCCCAAGGUGCCGGUGCUGAUCGUGGCCACGCAGACGGACCUGCGGGAGGCGGGGGCGCACCGGGGCAGCUGCAUCACGGCGGCGGAGGGGAGACGCCUGGCUCAUGAUGUCCACGCCAAAGGCUACCUGGAGUGCUCGUCUUUGGGUAACCGCGGCGUGCAACAGGUGUUUGAGUAUGCAGUGCGGACGGCCGUGCACCAGACCAGGAAACGGGCCAGGCGACGGAUGUUCGGCAUCAACCAGUGCAAAGUCUUUUGACCUUUGACCCUGACUUGGUGGGCACCUAAUCCUUCAGGAGAUGAUUUUUUACACAAUGCAUCUCAGCUAGCUGUUCAGGGCUUUUCUUCUCUAAGACUCCCAAAACUCACACUAUAUUAAAAAAAAGAUAAUUUCUAGUUGUACUUUGGUGUGAUCCAGAAAGAGACGUAGAAAAUAACUUUUAUUCUUCUGAUCCGUCUGUGAAGUGAACCACAGCACGUCACACGGUUGGAUUUCAAACUGGGCAUCAGAGAAGUUUCGUCUGUCAGAAAUUCUCCAUUAAGAAGUUUGGUUGAGAAAGGCUUACGUAGAAUUAAGCACUUAAAGCUUUAAUAUUGAAGCUGAACAUACUUUUUCAAAGAGGGAAGCGUCCUAAUAUCUGAGUUUGCGGUUGGAUCAGCAAAUUAACUUUUAAAUUGCAGUGUAUAAUGAAUCUGAGCCUUUUAUUACUGCAGAUAAAAUGACGCAACUGGGUUUUGCAGUUGCAUAAGCUUUUUACAGUUUUGUCAAAAUCAAGCAGUUUAUUCUCAUGUUCCUAAAAUGGAAUUCAUAUGAAAUCAGUAAAUAAUGGUGAGUGUAUGCUGUCAGCAAUGAUUUCAGAAUACUUCAGAAUAACAAAAUGUGGGUGUCAGCUCAGAAAGCCCAAUGGGUCCAUAUUUGAUGCAUAGAGCUCUUAUUCUCUAUUAUUUCUCCAGAGAUGAUAAUAUUUCAUAUGAUGAGACCAGAAAUAAAGUCAGUUGGUAAAAGCGGUCUAUACAUUCCUCUCUCUCUCUCUCUCUCUCUCUCUCUCUCUCUCUUAUAUAUAUAUGAAUGUUAAAUCUAUUUAAAAGAUACAUAUUUUUCACUCUGACAUUAAAUUUGACCAAUGAAUGACGCAUAUCAGUUUAAAAAAACAAAUGACAUCAAAUUUACAAAAUGAUAUAAUGACGUAAAAAGACAUUCAAAAAUCAAAUCAAAAUCAUCUGAAAUGUUCACAUUUUUGCAUUUUAUUUAAACCAUAUGCCACAUGUUACGGUAACUGGAUUUCUUGUGAAUUUUAUUUUUUAUUUUUUUAUUUAACUGUAUACCUCAUUUUAGAAAAUAUAAGGACAUGACCUGCUUCCUAUGUUUCUUGCAAACUGUCCUCGUAAAUUAUGAUAAACCUAAGGAUUCAACAUAUUGACACAGUAUUGUUUAAUUUAUAAAAGCGAAAUAAAAGACGUCUCUCCACUUUGGUAUCCCUCUCUAUCUUUUAGAGGGAGUUUGCAUUAGUUUUGAAUUAGAAGUCAGAACGUAUUGAAAUGUGCGCAUUCAUUAUGAAAGCACCCUUUUCUUGACUUCCAUUUUGUCUGACCCAAAUAAACUCUAGAAAAAUCUCGGUGUAGUUUAAAGAAUUCGUAUGUGAACGUCCCGCCUGCUUUGUAUGUGUAAUCUCAUAUUAUUAUGGCCACUUUAAAUAAACAGAUCUCAUAGAGUUUCUUACUCUGUGUCUGAUAUACAUACUUCUGUUACAUGUGUAUCACAUAUAUCUAAUCAAACUAUAAAGCAAGUAAUGUCUGUCUGUCUGUGGGUUCUUCACAUAAAUUGAGAAACGCUCAUCUUAUCUCCUUCAUAUUUGUUGGGUGUUUUUCUGGGGACCUCAUGGAGUGCUUUGUUUGACUUUGGACUCGCUCAAUGUUGCCAAACUAACUAGCUCUAGCAUUGGUUUUGUCAAAGCAAGCGACUAUUAAGCCUGUUUGGAAAUAACUUUGAUUAAGUGUAUUCCACUGAUGUUUCUGAUGCCGAGCAACCUGGGUGUGUUUUUCAGGGCCGGAUUCGGGGAUUUGAGGGCCCCAGGUUAACACUGUCUUGUUUUACUUUCUCUAAAUGGGAACAUUGGUAUUGGAAGAAGAUUUC